CCUUGCAGCUGUAAACUACACACAAACUGAUUCGUCCCAAGACGUACAUGUAACUGUAAGAAGGCUAAUUCCUUUUUAUCUGAUUCUUAAUUUUAUCACAUUCUUAAUCCUUUAAAAACAAGACACCAGAGUAGAGCUGCAGGGGUACAGGAAGUUGGAUAAAGCAUGGCCAGUAUAGACGAAGGAGAAGAUGAUCUCAAAUGUGGAAUAUGUUUGGAAGUGUACUGCAAACCAGUGAGGAUUGCUUGCGGACAUGUGUUCUGUGAAGAAUGUUUAGCUACAUGUUCAGAUGUAGCAUCACCCAUUUGUGCGCUGUGUCGAAUGGUCUUUGACCCCAAGAAGAGGGUCAAAGCUAAAGAUAUUGAGAAACGGAUAUCCUCAACAAAGUCGGUCUGUUCUGGUUGUGGAAAAAAGAUGUCCAUGUCCAAAAUCCGAAGCCACACAGCGACUUGCACCAAGCUGGAAACCACGACAGACUCAGCCGUCAAGUUCAAGCCAGUCGCUACUACAUCACAGAAAGCACCACGCAAUAUUCCUAACCGGUCCACGUUCAAGUGUCCCUACUGUGGCCUUAAAAACCUGGACAGCAGCGGUCUGACCAGGCAUUGCAACAAGGAGCACAAGGAAUGCACGUCGCCUGUGGUGUGCCCAGUCUGCGCCUCCAUGCCCUGGGGUGACCCCAACUACCAAAGCAGCAACUUCAUCGAGCACCUGAACCUGAGGCAUCGAUUUGAGUAUGACACCUACGUGGAUUACGGUGAGGAUGAAGAGGCAGUUUUGCGGAAGGUUUUGGAGUCGUCUCUUCAAGACAAGUAACUGUCAUUGGUGCUCAAUAGAUGUGCGUGGCUUCAUCAUCAGCCUUGAUGUCUGCAAAUGCAAUUAUCCCUGGCGAUACUUUGGAUACCCGAAUGGAUUUUGUUAAUUGACUUGGCACCGCAGCCCAAUUUCACAGAGCUGCUAAGCCCACAUAUUCACUAAUCACAGAAAGUACUUACUUGGCAAAAGUGGCAUACCGGCCAAGAUGCCAUGCAUUCAAUAUUUCUUCCAAGUGGUUCCCAGUUGAUUUCUGCUUAGCACAUGAGUUUGCUAAGCACUAUUUUCUGCUUACCAGCCAGUGCCGUCAUGGAGACCAUCACAAGACCUAUAACAAGACCAGACACAAGAUCAUGCACAAGACCAGUCACAAGUAACAAGUUGAAC